AUGCAGCCAAUGAAGUACUCGCAUUUUGAUGAUUCAUUGUCGACUCACAGUAACAUGCUUUAUACUGUAAUUAUAAUUGCGCACUAAAAAACUGCCUUCAUAACCUUCAUCAACCUCCUCCACCACAUCUCUCCUACUCUUUCGCUCUCGCGCUUUUCCCACAACCGCUCCAUUGCCUUUCCCAUUGCAUCCUUCCUCGAUUCCAGUUCUAAGGGCGAAGAUGUUCGGGAGCGGCGUUGGAAUUGAGGCGGCCUCGCUUGGCGGAGUCCUUUCGAACGGGAAAGCUCCGGCGGCUGAGCUUUUGGUAGACGAUUCCUCCGAUCCGGCGAUUAAUAUGUCUGAGCCGGUUCCUCCGUUGGCGGAAUCCGGCAUUCUGGACGGCGCUGUCCCCACCGGAGAGAGGAAGACGGAGAAGAGGGAGAUUGUGCUGGGGCGGAACGUGCACACCACGUGUCUGGAAGUCACCGAGCCUGAUGCGGACGAUGAAUCGACGGGAGAUAAGGAAGCCUACAUGGCUGGCGUCUUGGCUCGGUACCGCAAAUCUCUUGUCGAGCGAACCAAGCAUCAUCUAGGAUAUCCAUACAAUCUGGAUUUUGAUUAUGGAGAUCUUUCACAGUUACAGCAUUUCUCCAUUAAUAACCUUGGUGAUCCAUUUAUAGAGAGCAACUAUGGUGUGCACUCGAGGCAGUUUGAAGUGGGUGUAUUGGAUUGGUUUGCCCGUUUAUGGGACAUUGAAAGAAAUGAGUACUGGGGAUACAUUACAAACUGUGGGACUGAGGGAAAUCUUCAUGGAAUUCUUGUUGGGAGAGAAGUAUUUCCUGAUGGAAUUUUGUAUGCUUCAAGAGAGUCACAUUAUUCAGUGUUUAAAGCAGCAAGAAUGUAUAGAAUGGAAUGUGUAAAGGUUAACACAUUAAUAACUGGUGAGAUUGAUUGUGUGGAUUUUAAGGCUAAGCUCCUUUCUAACACAGACAAACCUGCAAUUAUCAAUGUUAACAUAGGCACAACUGUGAAGGGGGCUGUUGAUGAUCUUGACCUUGUUAUCCAAACCCUUGAAGAAUGUGGGUAUUCACAUAAUCGGUUUUAUAUACACUGUGAUGGAGCACUCUUUGGGCUUAUGAUGCCAUUUGUGAAGCGUGCACCAAAGGUUUCAUUCAAAAAACCAAUUGGCAGUGUUAGUGUUUCUGGUCACAAGUUUGUGGGAUGCCCAAUGCCCUGUGGUGUUCAGAUCACAAGGCUGGACCACAUCAACGCACUCUCAAGGAAUGUGGAGUACCUUGCCUCAAGGGAUGCCACCAUCAUGGGAAGCCGAAACGGCCAUGCCCCAAUCUUUCUCUGGUACACCCUGAACCGGAAAGGCUACAAGGGCUUCCAGAAAGAGGUCCAAAAGUGUCUCAGAAACGCACACUACCUAAAAGAUUGCCUCCUAGGAGCCGGAAUCAGUGUCAUGCUCAACGAGCUUAGCAGUACCGUCGUCUUUGAGAGACCUAAAGAUGAGGAGUUUGUUCGCCGCUGGCAACUCGCCUGCGAAAGAAACAUGGCCCACGCUGUUGUGAUGCCUAAUGUGACAAUCGAGAAGCUGGACUGUUUUGUUAGCGAGCUGAUUCAAGCUCGGUUAGAAUGGUACAAAGACGAGAAUUCCAAACCUCCAUGUCUUGAAGCUGAAAUUGGAGCACAAAACUGUUGCUGUGCACUGCACAAAUGAUAUGCUUCUGCUCUCAAUCCAGAAGCUGUUUGGUUUCUCUUUGCAGUGUUUGUGUUAGAAGGAAUAUUUAUUGGUGUGUUAUUUCCCAUGUAUUACUGCAACAAUAUGUUUGAGUACAUUGAUUCUGCUGAUAGUUGUUUUUUAUUGUGUUUGAGCCACAAAAUCAUCGUUUGGUAUUCUCUGGUCUUUUAAAAGAUGAAGAAACAAAAGAUUGUGGCUCGCACCUCGAUUGAAGCUAAAUUUAUGGACCUUGCUGCAUCCACAUGGGAAUUAAAAUGGCUAAAUAUUG